GUUCCAGGUGUGCAAUAAGAUCUUCGGUAACGCGUCCGCGCUGGCGAAACACAAACUCACGCACAGCGAUGAGCGGAAGUACGUUUGCAUCACGUGCGCGAAAGCUUUCAAAAGACAGGACCAUCUCAAUGGCCACAUGCUGACCCACCGCAACAAGAAGCCGUACGAGUGUAAAGCAGACGGCUGCGGCAAGUCGUACUGCGACGCGCGCUCGCUGCGCCGGCACACCGAGAAUCACCACCAGCCGCCGGCAGAGAACAGUUCAUCCAGCAGCAGCAGUGCGACCGCUCACGCCUCCGAGAAGGAAUCCACCACGCAACGGGUGGCGUCACCACCGUCGCCUGCGCAGAGACACAACCCGUCACAUUCAGAGUCAAGCAACUCCGGCUCGGAGAAGUCAAGUGCGAGCGCGGGCGGCAGCGACAGCAGCCCGCCCUGCACGCCGCCCGCGCCGCCCACGCCGCCCGCCAAGCCCAAGCCCACCAAGUCCAGGCCAAGGUCAUGCUCCUCCGCCAGCCAUAGGGCGCAGCAGGGGAGUCACAAGAGCAGCGGCGCGAGUUCGAGCGGCGCGGGCAGCGGAGCGGCGAGCGGAGCGGGUUCGGGCUCCAGCCGAGCUGAUGUCAAGCCGGUGGAAUGCAAUCUGUGCCAUCGCAAGUUCAAAAACAUACCAGCUCUCAAUGGACAUAUGAGGCUACAUGGCGGUUAUUUCAAAAAGGACUCGGACAGCAAAAAAUUGGAUAAGAAAGAAUCAACGGGCCCGCCUUUACAAACCGCUUCAGUAUCAGUGAGGGCGCUCAUAGAAGAAAAGAUUAUUAGCCGCAGAGGGGCCACAGCAACUUCUACACCUUCCACAAGUACGAGCACAGACACUGUAGUGUCCCGCGCCAGUUUUGUGACGCCAGCGCCGCCACCUCUGUCCACCAUCCGUACGUCAGCCUCGCCCGCUUCACCAGCGACCACGCCAAGCUCAGCGCAGUUUGUGUCCCCCCGCGCACCACCGGUCGUCACCGUCGCCAACGCUGCAAGCAUCGCCAGGGACUCCACCCUCAUCGAACUCCUCAAGAAAGGCAACACAAAGGUCGUCAAAAGAUCAGCUUCAGACCCUGGACAGUCGUCACCGCAACAAGAUUUCACCUUCCGACCAGAACUAUUCGGAGUGUCAUUCAAUUCAGACGAUGGCUACUUUUCGCCCGCUCUAAAUGAAGAAGCUUUCCAAUUUGCGACUACACCUGAGCAACUGGAAGAACUGGCGUCACUAGAAGACUACGCGACAGUAGCGGCGUCGAUAAGAGAACGAUCGCCAGUCCCGUUCCCAUCGAGUCGACGGUUGGCGGCCGUGUUAAAUUCGCCUCUUCCAGAAUCUUUGGCUGAUUUUGGAGCUUGCCAUGGAGGAUCACCGGUUCCAUCUCCGGGAAUCGGAUAUACGGCGAAUUCGCCAGGAUUGUCAUACUCUACAGGGGACUCUCCGGGAUUGGCGUAUACAGCCGCCUCACCUGGAGGAACGUAUUCGGCACCUGAGCCUUCACCAGGCUUCGCAUACCCAACGCCACCUGCCUCCCACGAUGCUCACUCACCAGCUCAUUCAGCGCCUCGGGCUUCGUCACCGUUAUCAGCCGCAUUUUUCACAGCGACUAUGUCUAGUCAAGAAGAAGUUGAAGAAGCGUUAGAAGAAGUGCUCCCCGAAGAAUGUCGGUCGCUAGACGCAUAUACUUUAGAACCAUCUCCUACGCCUCGCCGCAUAAUGCUGAACUCUGAAGAUCCGCUACUAUCCAGUAGCCCACGAGACUUUUCGCAUCAACGACCUUUGAGGCGGCAUCAUCGUAUCACCUCUACUGUUUCGUCAAUGGAUCAGUGGCAGCACGAUACAUCUUUACAAGUGUGCGUAGAAGGCCGCGACACAGUACCAGCAGUGUUCCUAAGCCCCAGCAGCGUUCCUGCAUCGCCUCAGAGGCGCAAGCGGCGCGCGUCUCCCGCCGGGCCCUACCGCUCACGUAUGCGCCGCACGCAUUCCCACUACGUGCCGCAGCCAAUCCUGCCACCGGAUAGAGAGGGCUCUGGACUACUGGUGGAGCUAGCAGGUCUAUCAUCAGACAACGACGUGCUAUCCCAUUUAGACGAGCCUCGGCCACCACAGAUCAACGUGGGCCGCGCGCACCAAGCCGACAUCCCGGCGCUGUGCGGCGACCGCGUCGACCUGCACCGCGCGCCCGAGCAGCUGCUCUGGGACCCCGGCAUUAACGACUGCCUGGAUGACAACGAAGGUCAGUGUUCCACCAGGUCUAUGAUCGAGGUCUAUGGUCACUGUCCGAGUGACGUGCUCUCCCACUUGGAGGAGCCUCGGCCACCGCAGAUCAACGUGGGACGCACGCACCAGGCGGACAUCCCGGCAUUGUGCGGCGACCGCGUCGACCUGCACCGCGCGCCCGACCUCGGCCACCGCAGAUCAACGUGGGGCGCGCGCACCAGGCCGACUAGUCUAUCAUCAGACAGGGACGUGUUAUCCCACUUGGAGGAGCCUCGGCCUCCGCAGAUCAACGUGGGGCGCGCGCACCAAGCCGACAUCCCGGCGCUGUGCGGCGACCGCGUCGACCUGCACCGCGCGCCCGAGCAGCUGCUCUGGGACCCCGGCAUUAACGACUGCCUGGAUGACAACGAAGUUCGCAUGUUCAUGGAGCUAGCGAUGUGCGCAGCGAUGCCGGUGGGCGGGCACACGCGCGAAUUCGCGCUGCAGACACUCGGCGAGUGCGGCGGCGACAUCCGCGCGGCCACGCUGCGCCUGAUGUCGCGCCCGGCCGCGCAGGACCAGCACGACGCGCGCUGGGCGCCCGACGAGGUCGAGGCCUUCUUGGCUGGGCUGGGCCACUACGACAAGGACUUCUACAGGAUCGCGCAACUGGUGAGAACAAAAGACUCGAAGCAAUGCGUGCAAUUCUACUACUUCUGGAAAAAGGUGACCAAAGAUUACAAGACGCUGUACCUGCGGAGCUGGACCGUGGACGCACACGGUCCGGCAGGCCAGGGGUUGGGGCCGGGGUCCGUAGCCCAGGGGCCUUCGGGGGCCGCGUCGUCUCCCACCUACGACGGAGAGGAGUUCCCUUGCAAGAUCUGCGGGAAAGUAUUUAACAAAGUUAAAAGUCGUAGCGCACACAUGAAGUCGCACCGGCCUCUCGACGCCGCCGACAAGGGCCAAGCUAGGAAAGCCUUAUGAAAAGGUCGCACGAGACCGCCGCUGGCUCGGCCCGACCACGCUCACUAAACUCGCCAACACGGCUGCUGGCUCAACCGCGCACUAAGCCCGACGGUUGUUCGCUCAGCCACGCACUAAACUCGUCCGUAUCUGCUCAAUCGCGCGCUAAACUCAUCGGUUGUAUACUCAACCGCGCACUAUACGCUCGACCACCGCGCACUAAGCUCGCGUACCUAUACUCAAUUGCGCACUAAUGAGUAAUGCGCUCUCCCGACACUAACUUAGCGAGAGUCAGACCAAUGCUCAGCAUCUGUGGUAGCCACAGUCCACAUAACCAAACGAAAACAUCUACGACUCUGAAUUUGUUACUUAUCGAUUCAUUUUAAGUAACACGUGCAUAUAAAUGUUUCAUGUUUAUUAUAGUACUAGUGUCUAAGUUGGUGUUACAUUGAUAAGUGCCAUAUUUUUUCUCUAUGUGUGAACUGAAAUGAUCUACAAAAGAAAUACGUAACAAAUGCACAGUCGUCAUGUCAUUAUACCGAUAGUGAUUCGCGUGACACUCGCUGGGGCCGCGCGCGACCAAACCCCAGCCUUACAAACUCGCUCGCACUCGGACCGAAUGCUGAAUCGUAUAAGCAUUUACUAUUAUAAAGUAUAGAUUAAAGGGGCCCUAGAGUGACGUAGUGACUAGUAGCUAGAAGAGUUAGCUUUCGGAUAAAUCUUAAAUAAAAAAUAUAUAUUAAUUAUUUCCAAAUUCUCGUAAUGCUAAGCUUGAAGAGAGCGCAUAAAGAUAUUUUGUAUAACGAUUGAUAAAAUAGGUAGGUGUUCGUAAAGUUUUUAUAUGACAGACUUCUUAAUGUGACUUGCAAGUGUGAUGUUGUACAUAAAGUGUAGUUCGUUGUUAACGCGCGUCGAUGGCCGGCCGGGGCCGCGGCCUCGCCACCAGCAUCCAGCGACCUCUCAAAGAACUGGGGCCAAGUAACUUUUUGAUCGAAAUCAACAUUUAACUCUAUGCCUAAGAUAAAGCAUCUAUCUUGAUUUAGUGCGAAAUUUUACUUGGACUUCUGAUUUCGGGUGCACCAACUAUUCAAAUAUUUCGUUCUUCAAGACAUCGAAUUAAUAUUAACAAAUACUUAACGUAAAUCUAUUAUAAAUAAAUUAUAACUUGUUAUCACUGUCACACUUAAAUGUGCCUACUUAUAAAAUCUAUUUUCAGAGUGCCUUCAGUAUACUUAAUAUAUUUUUAUGAUAUCGCUUUAUUUCUUUAAACAUAAGAGAGUUACAGAUCUGUAUAAGUUAUCGGAUAGUCAAAUCACAUAAAUAGUAAUGUAGCAGGUCGAACAGGAGUUGUGGCGUUUCAGGCCGGUGGCUGGCCAUCGAUAUUGAUCUAGUAUUACAAACUAUAAUUACGUGUGAUACAUAAAUCGUGUAGUAACUACACUACCUCGUUUUUAUUUAUUCGCGAGCCCAGCUCAUAUUACAUUUGCUUGUUUGCUCAUUAUUGUUACAUACUAUUUUUGUUUUCUGUUUACAUUUUCUAGUCUUAUUAGACAAAUUUAUGCGCACCUCGGAAUUGCGUAAGUUAAAAUGGAAUUUGCCAAAAGAAAAACUCUACAUUUCACUGAGUAGCAACUA